UUCCUCAAAAUGGGUAUCUCUAACAUUUGUUUUCUCUUAUUUCUUUCUCUUAUUCCUUUCUAUUCCCACACCCAUGCAGCUACUUUUGAAGUCCACAACAACUGCCCCUUCACUCUUUGGGCUGCCGCCGUACCCGGUGGCGGACAACAACUCAAUCAAAACGAUGUUUGGAUAUUUGACGUGAAUCCCGGCACUGCUGCCGCACGUGUUUGGGCUCGAACUAAUUGCAACUUCGACGAUUCCGGUAAUGGUGGAUGUGAGACUGGCGACUGUGGUGGUCUCCUCCAGUGCCAAGGAUAUGGCAGUCCGCCCAACACCCUCGCUGAAUACGCGUUGAACCAAUUCAAUAACUUGGACUUCUUCGAUAUCUCUCUCGUCGAUGGGUUUAACGUUCCAUUGGAGUUCAGCCCCACAUCUGGUGAUUGUCGAGGCAUCAGUUGCAAUGCAGACAUCAAUGGACAGUGCCCGAACGAGCUUAGGGCUUCUGGAGGGUGCAACAACCCGUGCACCGUGUUCGGUGGUGAUCAAUACUGCUGCACCGACCCGAACAGCAGCUGUGGGCCGACGGAUUACUCAAGAUUCUUCAAGGAUAGGUGCCCAGAUGCAUAUAGUUACCCAAAAGACGAUGCAACCAGCACAUUCACUUGCCCUGGGGGAACCAACUAUAGGGUCGUCUUCUGCCCCUAAGCACCACUAUAUUAUAUAAAUAAAGAUAGAACCAAAA